GACUUGAUUAAUUCGUGAUAUGAUCCUUGCCCCUUUUGUUGCCCUAAAUCUAGAAGUCAAAUUUCUAUUUUUGAUAUUCCUCGAAGUAGUACAGUCGAACUCGGCUGUAAUCGUUUUGAACGACUGCUAUUUGACUGGUGGUUUCGAAUUAAGUAGUGAGCCUGUCGUCAUCUAAUCUGACCUGACCCGGCACCUUGCCUUUUUCUUCAAAAUGAGCACUGCUCCGUCCGACGUACGAAAUUCUGGGGAGGAAUGGCGUACUCCAUGUGGUGUUCCUACUCUGUCUAAUUCACAGAAAAGGAUUUCUACAAGUCUUCCGGACAUGUCUGUUUGCACUGCAGCAACAGACAUAGUCUACUCGUCACAGCCAGUCUUGCAGAGGACCGAUGCUAGGCCUAGCUUCGACAAAGAAAUAGGAAAACUUAUCGAAAAUCGGGCUUACACAGGCGUAAACGGAAGUGGAUAUCAAGAGACAUCAGUAAUGAAUACGCCAACCAACCUCACUCGAGAUAACAGCCGAGAAGGUUUCGUAAUCGAUGAGUUGUGCGUGAUGAAAAACUGCGACCCCUUCUUUGACCAAAUCACAUCUCAUGUGAUUCAGAUUGAGGUGGUGUGGAUUGACCCGGAUGGACCUAUACAGGAGCAAGGAACAAUGAACAGUUCGCCCUCCAGUAAUGAUUAUUUGGCCGGAAAACAGGAACAGGGAGAACUUCAGCAGAAUCCAAAUCAAAGCUCCACGGCUGAUGAGCGUCUCCCGCGAGAUGAAGACGCCAACCAAGUUGUCGAAGACGCCGUGCCACAUAGACGCGAAGUCGUUGACUUGAACAGUUGGUGAAGAGCUACGCUAAGGAUUUUCGUACAAUCUGCCCCCCCCCCCCCCUAACUGAUCUGUAGAAUGCCCUCUCCAAGCAUGUAUUAAUUCUGUAAAAUAAUUCUGUAUAAAAUAUGCAUUUCAUACAAACGCGCGAAUAAAAAUUGGUUUUCACAUUUUUUAUUCGAGAUUUCAUUUGUAUGCAGUUAAUUACUAAUUUGAUGUUUUAAUUCAGUUUUCUGUAGUAAUACGGUUAAGUCUGAACGAAUCCAUAUUUUCUCCCCCUUAAAUCGAUUGGAGGAGGGGGUAAUUGUACGGUUGAUCCUUGGCUAAAAAAGAACAGCCUGAAAAAAGGUUAUCUAUUCUAUCAUAUAUCCAUAUCCCAUAUAUCCAACUAACAGAAAGAAAUGACUAAUGAUUGAAUAUAUUAUCUUGUAUAUAAAACUAAAUUGAAUUAAAAAAAUUUUGACACUUGUAAAACAAUAUGUUAAUACCGUAUGAAUAAGGCAGCUAGACACAAAUCAUAAAAAUUUUAUGUGAAGCGAUAUUCUUUACAAUGAGUGUCUAUAUAUCAGCUUAGAUUUGAUCAGAUUGGUUGUCAAAGAGUGCAAAAUUAGUGUACAAAUGAUGUUGUUAAUGUUUUGAACAAGCGAAGCAAUUUGCUACUAAUAUGUGACAACUUUGUCAAUGCUUGCAUCUUAUGGCUCUAUAAGAUGAAACACAGUGGAUCGAUCUGCCUCUGGUCUUGUUAUUUCUGCCAAGCUUAAGUCAGUUCCGCCUUUUGUUACUCCAACGACUCAAGAGUCGAGAACAAUCGGUCUGAAUAUUUUUGGUACUCAGAAAAUGUUGAGUUCAGAUUACUAGCUUAAUGAUUGUCAAGAAUUAUGCCAGAGAAGAGCUAUAGUUUUUGUUUUUCACUUACAUUGUUCCUGAAUUGAGGCAUCCUAUUUUGUCUAUGCAGUGCUCUGCCACUUGCUAAAUGUAUUACUUUGUACUUAAAAUAGCGUGUGAGGGGUACUUAAAAUAGCGUGUGAGGGGAGGAAAAAUAUAUCCAAACAAUUCAAAUUUUUUAAGCGAACACUACU